GAUCUUUUGAACGUUCGAGGGGCUAACAAAGUCCGACAUAGGAGUUAACGAAGCGGUUGUCAAAGGGAUUCAUUCAAGGGCAUUAACAAUUUAAUUGAUAUCCAGGGAAAAAGAGAUAGAUAGACUUUGACUAAUUUGACUGAUUUAUUACUUAAGCGGCUUGAAUCUAGGGCGAUUGUUGCUCCCGGCCCCUCUCCGCUCAAUAUCCAGUGUAGACGGACGUCAUUAUUUAUAGACUUAUAGUUGCCCCUUGUGCUUAUCUCGGCAGCUUCGAACGGCAUUUCUAAUUCUCUGUUUCUAGACAACAUCAUUUAUAUAUUCUUGAGCGAGAGUGAAUCCAAAAUAUUGAUUGAAUUGAGACAUAGAAACAAUCCGUCAUCAUGGCUCCUCAAUUAUUCUGGAUCGGCCUUGGGAAUAUGGGCAGAGGCAUGUGUAAGAAUCUAGUUGAGAAAGGAAAUUUAGAAAAACCUCUGAUUCUCUACAACCGGACCAAGAAGCGAGCAGAAGAUCUAGCGGCAACCCUGCCGGCAGGCAAGACCGAGGUUGUCGACACCAUCGAGGAGGGCGUGAAGAAGGCAGACAUCAUCUUUACUAUCGUCAGCAACGACGCAGCUGUGAAGGAAGCCGUCGACUCCAUCCUCCAAUCCGAUGUCAAGGGCAAGCUGAUCGUCGAAUGCUCCACAAUUCACCCCGACUCGACGAAGCAGAUUGCUGAAACCGUGUUGGCAAAGGGUGCCGAGUUCAUCGCCUCACCUGUAUUUGGCGCUCCUGCUGCUGCUGAUGCAGGUGCACUCAUCUUUGUCCCCGCCGGUCCAAAGUCAUCAAUAGAAAAACUCCGCCCAUUCAUAAAGGGCGUAAUGGGGCGAUCCGAGAUCCCCUUCGAGGACAAGCCAUACGAGGCGGCGCUGAAGAUGAAGCUCAUCGGCAACACCUUCGUCCUCAACAUGGUGACGAUCCUCGGCGAAUCGCUAACGCUAGGCGAGAAGUGCGGCGUCGGCGUCGACCCGGUCCGGGCCUUCGUUGACGACAUCUUCGGCGGCGUGUACAGCGCCUACACGCAGCGCAUGGUCGAGGGCGUCUACUGGAAGAUGGAGGAGCCGCUGUUCUCAGCGGAUAAUGCGCGCAAGGACGCCGGCCACGCUUUGAACUUGGCUAAGAGCGUUGGCGUGGAUCUCAAGCUUUUACCGCAUUCUGAUGAGUAUCUUAAGAUUGCUGCUGAGCAUGCUGGAGGUGACAAGGCGGACUUGGCUGGUGUCUACGGAGCUGUGAGGAAGCAGACUGGGUUGAAGUAUGAGAAUGACGCUUAAGGGAUUAAUUCAACAGGAGCAUACUAGAUAUAUCAUAUCCUAGAAGCUAUAGAUGUAUAUAUCACACAAU